CCCGCCGGGCGGCGGCGGCUCCGGUACCGGCACCAUGAAGAGCCUCAAGUCGCGUCUGAGGAAGCCGGAGGCCUCGCCCGCCGGGAGCGGCCUCGGAGGGUUGUCUGCAGAUUGGAACAAAUAUGAUGAUCGUUUGAUGAAAGCAGCUGAAAGGGGUGAUUUGGAGAAGAUCUUGUCUGUCCUUGCUAAAAAAGGGGUGAACCCUACAAAACUGGAUCUGGAAGGGAGAUCUGCAUUCCAUGUUGUAGCCUCAAAGGGUAACCUCGAUUGUCUGAAUGCUCUUCUUGUUCAUGGAGUUGACAUAGUUGCCACUGAUAUAGCAGGAAGGACUGCUCUACAUUUAGCAGCAAAAUAUGGACAUGCACUUUGUCUGCAAAAACUGUUGCAGUACAACUGCUCAACAGAAAAUGUGGAUCUGCAAGGACGGACUGCUCUUCAUGAUGCGGCAAUGUCGGACUGUACAUCCAGCAUACAGUUGCUAUGUGACCAUGGAGCCUUGGUGAAUGCCAAAGAUGCUGAUGGAAGGACACCACUUGUGCUGGCCACUCAGAUGUGCCGUCCAACUAUAUGCCAGUUUCUGCUGGAUAGAGGUGCUGAACUUAAUGCAAGAGAUAAGCAAAAUCGGACCGCUUUGAUGUUGGGCUGUGAAUAUGGCUGUAAGGAUGCUGUAGAGGUUUUGCUCAAAAAUGGGGCCGAUGUUUCUCUGGUUGAUGCGCUAGGGCAUGAUGGUUUUUAUUAUGCACGAAUUGGGGACAAUGCUGAAAUCCUGUCUCUGAUUAAGGCUGCCUUUGAAGAAUCCAGCAAAGGUUACGAAGUAAUGAAGAAAGGGCAGCAACUAUUGAAGGUGCCCAGUAUGCUACCCAAAUGGACUCAACCUAAUAUCUUAGACGAAGUGAGCAAUAAACCAUUUCUGAAGGAGCACCAGAAUGUACAGGAAUUAGAAAGAGAAAACGAAGACUUGAAAGGAAGAAUGAGGGAAAUCCAACAGGAACAGCGAAUCUUACUAGACAGAAUAAGUGGAUUGCAGUUGCAGCUAAAUGAGGAGCAAAUGGUUGCUGAUGAUCUUGAAACUGAGAAAGAUGAGCUGAGGAGGCUUCUGGCCACAAAGGAAAUGCAACAAGAAGAGAGUCUGCGGAUGCUUGAAGCUCUGAAGUCAAAACUCAGGUUCCAUGAGGGUGACCAUGCAGGAUCUGGAAGCAACCUUAAUAACAGAAAAGAAAAUGUACUAAUGAUGGACCCAGGCUAUUCUGCAGGAUCCCAGCAAACUCUUGCUUUGCCGCCUGCUAAUCUCCAGAGCCGGUCAAUGGUGAGGCCUUUGGAGCUCUUAAGCCCAACACAGUGUGGAACCUCGGAGACUGAGACUCUCAAGCGAGAGCUCAGCAGCAUCAAGAGCUGUUAUGAGGCAGGAAGAGGUGACCUCAGUAGGCUUCAGGCAGAGCUGUCCCACAAGACUGCAGAAUGCAAAGCCCUGGUCUCCGAGUGUGAAAGAAUUAAGCAAGAGUCGGAUCAGCAGAUAAAACAACUGGAAGAUGCUUUAAAAGAUGUGCAGAAGAGAAUGUUUGAUUCAGAAGGGAAAGUGAAGCAGAUGCAGACCCACUUUCUUGCCUUGAAGGAUCACCUGACAAAUGAAGCUGCUGCAGGUGGCACUAAGGUGGCUGAGGAGCUGAAGGAGCAGCUGAAAGACAUGAAGGCUAAGUAUGAGGGAGCUUCAGCUGAAGUGGGCAAGUUGAGGAACCAGUUGAAGCAGAAUGAGCUAUUAGUGGAAGAAUUCAGACGAGACGAAGCAAGGCUGGUGGAGGAAAACAAAAAGUUGCAGAAAGGACUUGGUAUGUUGAAGGUGGAACGUGAAAAAAGGGAGAGGACUUUUUCCGAAGCAGAAGAGCAGCUGAAGGAAACGGCAGGGAAAUUGGCUAGCAAAUUUGAAAAGAUGAAGAGUUCUCUGUCCAAUGAAAUUGAUGAGAAGGGCUGGAAGCUAGCAGAGUUGGAGAAAGAGCGUGAAAAGCUGUGCAUAGAAGUUCAGCAUCUUAGGACGGAGCUUGAGAAGCAGAAAGCUCAGUUUGCUCACUAUGUGAAGCCAGAGGAACAUAAGCAUGUCAGAAGCAGAUAUGAGCAAAGGGCCCGUGAGCUUGAGAAGGGGCACUUGGAACUGAAACAGAAAAACCAAGCCUUGCAGAAGGCGGUAGACAGGGCUCAGAUGGACCAUAGUCUCCUAAAGCAGCAGAUGGAGACCCUCAGGGGUGAGGUGAAGACCCAGUAUGUUCCUUUGAAGAUCAAUGAAGACACAAGGAAAGUGGUAGGAGAGCUGAACAAGAAGGUGACGGAAACCACUGAAAAAUAUCACCGGUAUAAAGGAGAAACAGAGAAACUACUAGCGGAGAAGCUGUGCCUGCAGGAGAAGGUCAGUAAGCUUCAGACAGGUUACAUUCCUCCUGAAAAGCAUGAGAAGGAAAUAGGAAUCUUAAAAUCUACCUUGGCAGACUUGCAAAAGCAGCUUAAUGAACUUAGCAAAAGAUAUGAAAAAGAGCAGGCCAAAGUUUCUGAAUUGGUAACUAAAAAUGCAGCUCUCCAAGAUGUUAUGAAGGAACAGUAUGUCUCUUCAGAAACUCACGAAGAGACAAAAACUGCCUUGAACAUCAUGCUAGAAAGAACAGAUGAAGAAUUGUCAGACCUGAAAGGGAAGAUGGAAGAGGUGAAGCAGGAAUAUUUGAAAGUAAAUGAAGAGAACGGUGAACUGAAGCAGAGGUUGAGGGGGUUGCAAAGUCAAAUGCAGGCUGAAUAUCUCAGUACAAAAGACCAUGACAGUAAAGUCGCUGCUCUGAAUAAAAAUAUUCAAGACCUUCAGAGAAGCAACUCUGCAGUGCUGGCAAAGUACCAAGAAAAGCAAGAAGAAGUGGUCCAAUUGCAUGCAGAAAUUGAAGCCCAGAAGAAGGAGAUUGACUUGAUUCAAGAAUGUAUCAAGUCGAAAUAUGCUCCCCUUGCCAGUCUAGAUGAAAAGAAGCGGGACUUUGAGGCAACUGUGAUGGAGCUGAAAAACCAGCUCCUGGAACAGGGGGAACAGCUCAGGAUAAAAGAGGAAGAAAUCCAGAAACACAUAGAGGAAAUCAGAACGUUAACAGCUGGGAUCCUGACUGUCCAAACUGAUCUGCAGCAAAACUAUAUCCUUGCAGAGAAAUAUCAUAAAAUGGAGGGAAUGUUGGCAAGCAAGGUGGAUGACCUGAACAAGGAGUUAAGGGAGCUGCAACAAACGUUUGCUGAGGUCACAGGAGAGAAGGAGAGGCUUCAGGAGGAGAGUGCCAGGCAGCACUCAGAGGUGCUCCUGCUGCAGAGCCGCUUGCAGGGCCAGUAUGUUCCUCUGGAGCAGGUGGAGGCCCUGGAGAGGAAGCUCAGCUGCACCAUUGAGGACCUGAAAGCAGAACUCCACAGCCAGGCAACCAGAAACCAGCAAGAGCUGCAGAGAGCUCAAGAGCUGCAGCAGGAACUGGUCCAUCUACGGGCCACCUCGGUGCCUCUGGCAGAACACUCCCAAAUCAAAGAAAGGCUAGAGAAGGAAAUGGCAAUUCUCCAGUCCGGAUGGAGAGAGAAGGAGGAAGAAAACCAAACCAGAAAAGAAGAGGUCUCCCAGCUGCAGUCUGAACUUCAGAGUACAAAGCAAGCACUAAGCAAGCUGGAGAAGAGAGAGGUGGUGGAGGCAUCUGAGCACAAGAGAAUGAGAAGCAGGCUAGAAGGCCAGGUGAGCAGCAUGGCUGAGAAACUGGCUGAGCUGACUAACAAAAUGAAAAAGCUGCAGCAGGAUUCACUGAAGGCAAAUGCAGAGGAGCCAUCCUUGAAGGAUGAGAAGGAGCUGCUUCAGCCAAGAAAUAUCAACAUUGAGCAGGAAAUCAAAGACCAGAAAGAGCGCUGUGACAAGUCUCUGAGCACUAUUGUGGAGUUGCAGAAAAGGAUCCAGGAGUCUGCCAAGCAGGUGGAGGCCAAAGAUAAUAAGAUAACAGAGCUCCUCAAUGAUGUGGAACGGCUCAAACAGGCUCUUAAUGGCCUCUCACAGCUUACCCACAACAUUCCUGCAAAGAGACAAAAUCCACAGAUGGAAGUACUCCAGAACCAGGUGAAGACUCUGCAGCAGCAGCUGGCUGAUGCUGACAGGCAGCACCAAGAAGUCAUCUCAAUAUACCGGACACACCUUCUUAGUGCUGUUCAGGGUCAUAUGGAUGAAGAUGUGCAGGCAGCCUUGCUCCAGAUCAUCCGCAUGCGACAGGGACUGAUUUGCUAGGGGAACUGAGGCUCUGGCUGGCUCCUCAGGCUGCAGGCAACUUUGCCAAUUUCUUAACCUCCCUUAAUGCUUAGGAGUUGGUAAACCCCGCCUACCAGCUUCUUGUAACAGGAAUAUGAUUUUUUUUUUACACAAACCCAUUGUUAAACAAAAUGAAAGAUCACUCGUGAUUUGAAAAAUUAGAAGUUUUUAUUUAUAGGUAGUCAAAAUGAUGACCAAAGCGAAGUUCUCCUGAAUGUCGGAUUGACGGCCCUAAAAGAAUGCUGAUCCUGCCCUGCCCAGACAUCUCCCCUCCCCCUCCUGUCAGGGGGCUCAGAGAGGUGGGCCUGCAUCUUCGGGGGUAGGUGGACCCUCCUGGAACUGGCCCUCUGUUCCACAGCAGCUUGGCUGGCCAAGCUGCCUCUCUGAAGACUAGGUAAAAGUAUCCAUGCCUUUUUCUUGCUGUUUUCAUGAGAGAAAAAUACAUCAGAUAAUAUUUUGCUUUUUACAAUAGUUUUUCACAGAGUGUUGAUUACUGAUUUAUUUGUAGUUUUCAGGACAGCAGGACUGGGAUAGAUAAAAAUGAGAAGCUGUUAUGAAACUUUGAAAUACAGUAGCCUAAGAUUUGUGUUCGAUCAUUCAUUACUUUUUAAAAAAAGAAUAAACUGUUUACAGAUAAGCUAAUUAAGAACUAAAGUAGUUGGGAAAAUUUAAAGAAGUUUUUUUUUUAAAAAAAUACAAAAACAAAAGAAUACCUGUGCCUCUUGUAGUGGGCUUGGCUGUACUGCUGGACCCCCGUUUGCAGCCAGGAAGGGUCAAGGGCCAAAGACCAGUUUGUCCUUUCCAGAUCUGUGGCUUGCUGAGUGGGGGGGGGGGGAUCUCUCUCCUAGAGCGGCAAGUCUUUUCAGUUACCCAGGGAACUUAAUUGUGUCCUUACAUAGAUUUGAUGAACGGGUGGCCGCGGCUGUCAGCUGUGGCUCCAUUCAACUUGGAUUGGGGAACUCUGCUGAAAGGGGCACCCAGAAAGACCCCUUCCUGCUGUGAGGCCUGUGUCUUAGCUUGUGCUAGUUGGAUUCAAACAAUGGACCCCAAUUGCUCAAAUUCUUUGAUUUUAUGCUAAGGUGAUUAAAAGCAUCUUAAAAUACAGUAUUUUGUAAAUUGUGUAUGAUAAUCCACUCUAAAGGAUAUUAUUUAUGCAGGAAAAGCCUUUUGGUGAGAAAAUUAAGUUGGCAUAGAUGUUAUGUGUUUUAAGAAUAAAUAUAAAGGACUGGAAAAUUUGGUGUUGCUUUUUAAGUAACUUUGGAAUAAUUCCAAAAGCAGAUAUAUGGUGUUCUGGGUUUCUAGGGGAAAAAAAGACCUUUUUACAUGGAAAUAUUAAAAGCAGAUUGCUUCAAAAAUGCUAGUUACUUAUGUUAAGCAUCUGAAGUUGAGCAUGAUCUUGAAAAAUUGCAAAGCCACAUUGUGCCUGUUGGAGGUAUUUGUGUGCUAAGACAGGAUGUUGCCCUGAUGGACUUCUGAAGAUGGCUCCUUGAUUGGCAAGAGUCACUCUUACCAUAAGCUUCCCAGUUGGAGAUAGGCUGUGGUGCUGCUUUAACAAACUGACAGCUGAUUUUGCCAUACACAAUGCUGAUCAAACACAAAGGCCUGGAUUUCCAGAGUUGCAGAUAACUGGGCAUUCCUGCCCUUUGCCUACUUGCAAAGAGGACCUUCCAAGCACAGGGAAUUAGAGUGUGUUGGACUGCAAUGAACUGCUGGCUCUAUUGCCAUUUUUCUGAGGUGGCAGGAAUUGUCACCUCAGAAAAUUUGAUUGUGAACAGAGGAAAGGAAAUGGGGAAGGUUAACCUGUGCAUAGAUUGGGUGGGCUUAAAAUGUCUUUGGGGAAGAUUGACUCUGAGAACUUCAGAGAAUGCCUCUUCUUUUGCUCUUCUGGAAGACUUAGAUUAACCAAUUCACCAAGUGCUCUUGUUCUCAGCAACUUGAUUAACUGACAAUAAUUGUCUGGUUUUGAUGUACGAAUACUUAAAAGUAUUAUCAUUCUCUUUUUUCUGGGAGGCAUUGUAUUUCUAUUCUCCCUUUUACACUACAUAUCAAUAAACAUUUAUUUUCUGUGUCAC